AAUUAUAAGUGGUAUCUUUAUCUUAAAUGCAACACGCCGAUAAAGUCCUCCACAGUAGAAACAAGCAUUCCCAUCAACCCGCUUAACGUUACGCUUAUGCAAAAGGUUAGUAUGCCUCUCUCUCCCAAUCACCAACCAUCGUCCCUCUAGUCCUCCAUCUAGCACAAUACUCACUAUACCGUGACACGAAUUUGUCUCGAGCGAGAGUAGUCGAUCGGUCGUCUGUACUUAGAGUUCUGUCAUUUUAAUCAGUAACAAUUUUACAUUGCUUUGGGUGUUAACCGAAAUCACUAUUUUUGUGAAAUAAAAUGAAAUCUGAAAUGUGGUUACUUUUUGUAUUUAUUGUUACGGUUUCGGCGCACAGUCAACACGAUCAUCAUGAUAACCAUCAGGACCAUUUGGUUAAUGUAUCUGUUUAUUAUGAAUCACUAUGUCCGGAUUCCAGGAAAUUCUUUACUCAACAAUUAUAUCCAUCACUUCGAAACCUUUCAAGUUAUGUCAAUUUGACCCUCGUUCCUUAUGGAAAAUCAACAAGUACUUUCGACAUCACGGACUGGCAGUUCCAAUGCCAUCACGGCGAAAUAGAAUGUUACGGCAAUAAAAUCCAAGCUUGCGCUUUGAAACUGAUCGACAAAGGCGAAAACUCCCAAAAUUUAGCAUUCAAUGAAGUAGCCGUCGGAUAUAUCAAUUGUCUUAUGGAUCGAGCUGACAAAACAGCACAAGUUGUUUUUCCUACGAAAGAUUGUGCUUUAGUAAACCCCGUAUCCAACGUCCAAGAUAUUGAAAAUUGUGCAAACCAUACAGACGCUUCUAAUUAUCUUUCCAUUAUGGGUAAGUUGACGGAUGCCGUCCAGAAACCAUUAAAAUCUGUUCCGACCAUCGUUUUCAACGACGAAUUCAAACAGGAAGAUAAUGAACUUGCCCAAACUAAUUUCGUACAGGCACUUUGUCAAUACAUUAAAGGUGAAAAACCAGCUGAAUGUUCCAAAGCUAAUGCAAUUACUUUUAGCAUAACAUUAGUAAUAAUAUCGAUAUUGUUUAAUUUCAAUUAGAUAGUUACUUAAGGUGUAUAAUGAUCGUGGAAAUCUUGCAUUUCAUAAAAUUUAUUAUUAUGAGGUGAUAAUCACGAUUUUAGGUCAACUCAAGCGACUAAUAUUCUAGUGCGUGUACAUGUUAAAUAGAUCAUAAAUUAUUUUUGCAAUAUUAUAUAUACUGACUCUCAUAAAAAUUGCAACAUCUAAAAUUUGUUAUUGAAAUUUCCAUAAAAUGUUUAUUUUUAUGAAAGGUAAAUAUUAAAUUUGUAAACAAAAGAAUUUGUGCAACUUUUCCAAUUAUUAUUCACCCAAACGCUUACCGAUCGCAUCCAGUACAUGAUCAAUGGCUCAAUGGCAGAAAAAGCAGCGAUUAGUUUCUGAUGGAAAAUUGUAUUUACUGUCCUUAAAGACAUGGAAGCGCAACGGAUUCCAGUACAUUGACAAUGUAACUAGCCGUCAUUGAAAACCAAGGGUAAUAUAUCAUAUUGCACCUCAUACCAUCCUCAAUUCUUUUGUGGGGUUUGCUGCACAAAUAAUUCAGAUUUUUACGUUCUCUUUCACGUUACGUUAAGUCAUGUGAGGGGAUGAGAAAAAAAUGAAAACAUAUAAGAUUGUAUUCGGUAAUAAACAAAUGACAUUGACAUUCUGGGUUCUUCACAUCUCAUACAAUAAUUUCUAAUUAAUAAAGUUGUUGAAAAUCUAUCCUUGGGGACCAAAAGUCUUUACCAACGAGAUUUGUUGAAUCACGCCAUCAAACCAUUUUGGUCAACAUCUCCAUAAUGUCGUGAAGUUCAAAUAUGUGGUUAAUCUUGUGAUAGAAAAAAUGUACAUGUUGAUUUACUCAUGACAUUGUACUCAAGUUUCAAAGAAAAUUGUGGAAAAAUAGUUUGGAAAAUUGGCAGGUUUAAUUUAUUUCUACUGAGAGGAAACUAAUGGCUGGAGUUAAUUGCAAUUUUAAUAACCAUUUUGUUACAUUAAAAUAGAUUUGCAACAAAUUCUAACUAUUGCAGUUUUUAUAUGAGUCAAUAUAUGUACACACGAUGUUAUGAAAAAGAAUCUAAAAUCAUUUUUUCUCCAAUAUUCUUGAAGUUUCAAAUAAAAUCGUGUGAAUAUUUAUUUUGACAUGAUGAAUUUAUAAAUUUUCCUUUAAUUCCUUCUUCGUUUAAAAAAGUAUUUAAUACCCUCUAUAUUCACAUAAAAAUUGUGAGUUUUUGAAGAAUCGGUUAUUUGCAUUAAUAACUCCAAUUUAAAAUAAAAUCAUUCCAAAAUAAAUUAUUGAAUUUAUAUCUUAAUGUUCCUAUAUUUUCCCCCCAAAAAAUUAAAACUAAUAUCUUCAAUCAUCUGAAUAAUUCGAUUAACCUUCCUGUGGGCGCGCUUGUGGGCUUUUAUGACACCAGCAGCGUGGUGUACUGCGUACAAAACAAGUUUAUUUCAUUUAAAACCUUCAUAUGAAUGUUUAUUUUUACAUUUAAUUUCGAUAAAAUAGAUUAUUUACUCUUACCUUUGGUUUUUAACAAUGGAUUAACUGAAUUAUACCCAAAAAUUAGCUCCUCGUGCUUGUUUUACUGCAGUUUUAUUUCUUCUUUGUUUAAUCAAUAUUGUAAUUACAGGCUCAAAAUUUAUUUUAUUACUAAUUAAUAUAAGCAAAGUUUUAUUUGAACAACAUUUAUUGUUGCUUAUGACUAAACCACGACAGAUUUUUUUCUGCUUUCUUUUCUAUUGUGUAAAGGUUAUGGUAGGGGUGGAAUAUUGAGGGGUGAGAAGUCUUGUUAAUCCUUUAGGUGUUAGGGAAAACUGAAACAAAACACCUGUAGCACUCAGUACAAUGGUGUGCCCGCCGGAAAGUUAAGUUAGGUUAGGCUAUUUUUAUUUGUAACUUAACAAGGUCAAACUAGUCCAGUUUAGAAAAAAACUAGUUUACUCUACUUUAUGUUAAUCACGACUAGUUGCAUCCAGGCUAAACUAGUUUAUCCUACUUCUGAUUGGAUACAUUCUGUCCUAGGAAACAUUCGUUUAUACUAAUAUCGAGUAAUAUGUUAUACAACAAGAAACUUCAUAAUAUAUAAAUGGUAGAAGAAUAAAUCUACAUUGUUGAUUAAAUAACUGAUUUGUGACAAAAUUCCGCUUAUUAACUUUUCUAAAAUCUGCUAUUAAUAAAAAAAUGGCUAGUUUAUAUUUUUGAAAUGUAUAAAUAUCAAAAUGAGAAUUAUUCUACAUAUUAUGUGAAUUAUAUUAACAAAUAAUAUCUACUAUGCCUUUAUGAAUGUGACUGUUGAUAAUGCCUUGAAUUUAUAUAUAUGUACUUUGGAUAACUUACUUAAUAAUUAUAUACACCAUUUCUGUAUUUUUCUUAUUAAUUUUAAAUCGCACGUGUGAAUAUCAAUAUUUGUAUCUUGCUAUGAAAUCUCAAAUAUAUUUGAAUGUUUGUAAUUGUAUUUUUCAAUAAAAAGCGUUCCCUCUGAA